GCCCUGCCCCUGUUUACUUGAACGUAGAGGACGGAGGACCACAUAGCUCUGGGGUCCCGAGGGAGCUGCUGCCGUUCGCCGCCCAGCUACUCCUCCGAGCUCCCUUUGGCGGCUCUCUGAGGAAAGUCGGGUGCGGUCCUGUGAGGUCCGGAGCUUCCCACUCUGCAGUGUUGCCGGGACAGGAGGCGCCGGCCCACAAGCCGUCCCCACCCCCUGACCCUCUUGCUCUCUUUUACACGCCAGCAGACCCGGCUUCUGUUAUGGCAGGGGCUUCACGUCGGCGUGUCCCAAACAGUGGCAGCGCGCCACUCUUCCUGACAGCGCCUCCCCGCCUUCUCAGGAGACAGACAGAGGGGCUGCACGGAGCUGAGAGCAGGCUGUAGAGGAGCGUCUGACACACACGCCUUCACACCGCCAGGAGAAAGCUGCGGAGCACAUGUCACAAGGAUCCAACAAGGAAACCUGAAAAUUGUUUGGACAACUGAAGCCAGAAAAAGGGAUGGAAGAACAAAACGGAAAUAUCCGGCCUCCUAAAACAACAGGGAAUGGGAUCAAAGGGAAGCCCCCGUACUCAGUGGAAACACCGUACGGCUUUCAACUCGACCUGGACUUCCUAAAAUACGUAGACGACAUAGAGAAAGGCAACACAAUCAAGAGAGUGCCCAUCAAGCGCCGCAGCAAAUGCCCCAGAGCGAGCACUCUCCCCAGGCAACUCAAUCCUUCCGGGUGCGGCUACCGCCCGAGCCCUUGGGGAUCUACUGGAGCCCUCGGCCCCAGGUCCCGACUGUCGGAUGCCCGUCACCAUGGCUACCCUUCCUGGACAAGCGAUCCCAGGCCGCCGCACUCGCCCACAGCGCUCCACUCCCUGGCAGAGAUGGAGGCCCGAAUGAAGGAGUUUGAUGAGCAACCUCUGGGUGAGCACAUCAGGCCCCAUCUGCUGCGUGCCUCCAGUAUGCCUCUCACGGUUUUGCUGAGACGGGGAUCAGAGUCCACGGGCGACCCCAGCAGCCUCAGGAGUUCGAGGGACACCCUCGGCGAUCGGGACACGUCCUGUGAAGACGUCUUCUGCGACCCGGAGAGCCCUCGCCACCAGGGCUGCUCAGGCCUGUUAAGGCGCCUGGCGGACGCCCUGGAGCGCGUGGGGGAGCUGGAGAUGGAGGUGAGGGUGGUUCCGGAGCUCAGGGCGCAUAUCUGCAUCCUCCAGGAGGAAAGGGAAAGGCUCCGCCGGGGCCUGGAUCCACAUGUACCACCCUCUUCAGUGAAUGGGACCAGGGACCCUCGCGCUUCGUCCCGCUUCGGCAAAGUGGACAACAAAAGGCUUCGUCAUGACAGCGGCACCUUGUAUCCUAGAAAUCACAGCGGUGAUCUGGAGGACUGCAGUCCUGCGCACGAGUGGAGGACGAGCACAGAUCUGGAUGAGCUGCUGACGGUGACGUCCCUGCAGGCUAAAGUAGCUGCACUGGAGCAAAUGCUCAACGAGACCAGCUUGGAGCUGCAGAUGGCUUUGGGGCUGCUCCGGGAUCAACUGGAGGAGAGCAGAAAGAAAGAUGAGAAGAUUGAGCACCUUAUGAGGAAUUCUGCAGAGAGUUCGCCGUUCCACCAGAAUGGAGACGAUUCUAUCGAACCUCAUGAUAAAGUGUCAAGACGUCCAGAUACAAGAAUUGUUGGCACAAAUGGACAAAGAGGCAGAGAACGAGACAAACCAGUGACAAUGAAUCCCCGAGAGGCUUCAGAUGAAACUGCAGUGGUCGCCCACCACAUAAAGGAGGUCAAGAGGCUCUUGUGUCAGCAGUGGGAGUGCUUGUGUGCAGGCCAUGACUCGGGAAAGGGCAAAUCUCUGCAGCACCCUGACCCCAAAGUCAACUCCCUGCAGCAGGAGAUGAUGGGACUCAUCGAGAUCCUUACCUCCUACUACAGCCAACAAGGGGCCAGUGAUGGAGAGAGAAUGCAACACGGAGCCUCUAAGUCCAUCACCAGGACAGACGGAUGCGCCCAGAAGACAAAAACCCCACAAUCUGUUGCCGUGGAUAAAGGACGUGAGAGUGGAGCUGUGUUUGGGCAGGACUUAGCGAAUGAGAGCAGGCAGAAGGAGAGAAGCAUCAACCCCAGGGAGAUGGCUGCUGUCCAGGUGGAUGGAGUCCCAGGGGAGAGGCGGAUGGAGGCAAUGACGCAGACAAACCCAGGCGGAGAGAUGAUAUCGGGUGGAGCAGGAUCAGGGCGGACAGAUGGAGGCGGAGUGUCCCUGGAAGCUGAGAAAACAACCAAGGCCAAACUGCAGCCCCCGGGGGAACAGAUGGAGAGGAGGUCUGGCUCAGAAAUGACCACCGGGGGCCGAGAGACAGUGAAUUUGGAUUUCCUGGCUGCCUGUCAUUUGCUCAAAGAUCACAUGGAUAAAAUGAAUAACCCCAAUAAAGACAUGAGGAAGGCCCUGGUUGUGUUGUUUCAGCACUGGUUCAGCGCGGCGGCCGAGGAGACCUCGGAGGCCGGCCGGGUGGCCGUGUACCUGAGAGACGUGAAGAAGACCACGCCGUCCCUCUUGGCCUUCCUGAUCAACCUGGCUGACGACAACGGCAACACGGCGCUGCAUUACAGCGUGUCCCACUGCAACCACAGCAUCGUCAGUCUGAUACUGGACACAGGCGUGAGUGAUGGGAGCCUUCAGAACAAUGCAGGCUACACAGCGGUGAUGCUGGCCUCGCUGACAGCGCCUGACAGUCCAGGCGGGAUGGAGGUGAUCCGCAAGCUAAUGGAGCAGAGCGACAUUAACAUCCGCUCCAGCCAGACGGGCCAAAGCGCUCUGCACCUGGCGGUGAGACACGGGCGAGUUGUGAUGGUUCGCCUGCUCCUGAGCUUCGGAGCAGACACCAACCUGCAGGACAACCAGGGAACGACGGCCCUGAUGUUCGCUUGUGAGAGGGGACACACACACAUCGCAAGGCUGCUGCUGGAGAGGAGCCUCUGUGACCUCGCCCUGACUGACAAGCGUGGUCAAAGUGCACUCUCCAUCGCCAUGCAAGGCUCCCACACUGAUACCGCCGCCCUCCUGCAGGCCCAUGCUAAAGCUCGAGCUUUGUAAAACUGGAAAACUAUCUGCAAACUUUCCACUUUCCACUUUCUGGAAAGUGCCGAUGCACUUUGAAAACCCAGUUUCUCGCGUUGAACUGCUGCUCGCAUAUUGUUUCUAAAUUCUGACAAUCUGCACAGGCAUUAGGUCGAGCUUUUGGGAUGACAUUGUUUGAUGGGAUGCGGAUGCUCCGUGCAGUAAAUGUUUUCUGUUCUCUGCUGAUAAACACAUCGGUCAUGUCUGAUCAUUGCACAUCCAAGUAGCAGCUUAGCUUUGCAAAAUAUACAGUACAAUACAAAUAUAUUCAUGAUAUGUGCAUUGUAUAGGUAUGUUGCCAAUUAUCAAAAGGUUUGUGUUUAUGUAAGAAAUGUAAUAUAGCUUUUAUCCAUUAUCGCAGCACUCUUAAAAAAUAAAUGGGUGUAUUAAAGGAAAAAUAUCUAUGCUGCUUGUUAAACAGAACGUGCAAAUAAACCAACCUGUUGAUCUUACUCACUAAUAAUUGAUGUGUAAAAUGACUGUUUUAAAUAAAAUGAUCAAAAGGGAUAGCAUGAAGGAUUGAGCUGUUACGCUGAGCAAGGGAAAAACUAAAUUCCUUGUAUGUAUACUUAUACUGUACAUGGCCAAUAAAGCGGAUUGUGAUUGCGCUGCG